CUUGACUCAUUUUUCGUCCCUCAACCCUUCUUGGUUGAUUUUUUUUUAUCUCUCUCGCUUGUCUUCCAUUUCAACUUCUACGUUAUUCUUCCAUUUUUCUAUUAUCUUUUGAUUGGCUAUAUUGAAACUAUAGGUGCGGCAUCCAUCUUUUUUAAAUAAUGACCAUCCCUUUUGCCAACUACUCCAUUGGUGCUUUUAUACAGCAAGUAUUCGGGUCUUCAGCUCCUCAGCCGUCAGACCAGCAAGCUCUCUAUCCUCGAAUUGUAAACUUACCUUCCAACACUAUGGGCCCUUCCACUCUUGACCACUCUGCAUACCCUGAAGAUAUGGAUGACCAGCGCUUGGAUUAUUCAAGUAUCACCUCACCUCAUAUCGAAAUCACUCCAGCUCAUCAUGCAGGGUAUAUGAACUUUAUGCCUGCACAUGGCCAUUCCGACUCCGAACCUUUGGCUACAUCGCGUGCUUAUCUGAGCAGCUUCUAUCUUUCUGAAAACUCCUACCCUGAUUCCUACAGCUCUAUCAGUGAGGCCAGUUUUACCGAGACACCACACAAUGCUGCUUAUAAUGACAAUGGGAGUUAUUUGCACGCCGCUAUGCAGCAACAUUACCAAGACAUGUCAGAAACAGUGGAUGGAAAUUUUUGCCAGCAAGAAGCUUUCUUUGGCGAUGACUUCAACUUUGCCGACGUUCUUGGUGGAAAAGAUGACGUACCAUCACCCUUUAACGCACACUUGAUCCCUCCAAGUGAUUUCCAACCCGAGCCUCAGGUUAAAUCAAGUCGCUCUCUAUUGUCAGCGUUGUUUCCAGCCACAUCAGGUGGUACAAUGGCCAAUACUAGCCCAAUGUCGGAGUGUUCCUCGCAUCUUUCAGCCUCGUCACCGCAAUUCAGUGAUUUUACUGCUUCCACAUUUAGUAGCCCGGCUCAGCCAUCCCUUUCGCCUGCCACAAUAUCAACAUCCCUCGAACGCAGUGGAUAUUCCUUGACCCGCGCUGGUUCGUCCGGAAAGAUCCGCAAACCAUCGCCCGACCUCUACUCAUACGCUGACCAAUAUGGCAAACGUCGAUACAAAUGCAAAGACUGUGAUUAUACCUCUGCUCGGCCGAACAAUUUACGCGAACAUCAAGGACGCCAUAACCCUAACCGGCCCAAGCCUUGGCAGUGUCGCAUAUGUGAUCGUGCCUUUCCUAGAAAGAAUGACUGCAAAAGACACUUUGUUAAGGUCCACAUGAAGAUGAAUGAAGAAGAUAACCCUGUACAAUAUGCUUUCCUUCAGGAACAACUUCGUCAAUCUAUAGAGCCUCGUUUCCAACCGCGUUCUCGUCCUCAAGGCUAACAUCUGUUACCUACGGCGAUGCCAUCGAUAUCCCCUCUCUACCAUUGGUCCAAUCGCAUACGCUAACCCUAUGAUACCAAUGGUUACUACUUGUAUAAUUCUGUCUGUUGAUAACUCGUUUCCAUUUGAUUUUUCCCUCUUUUACUUUUUUCUUGUAAAUACUUAGAUAGGGGUCCUUUUUGCUUUUUUCCCCCCCAGAUGACCGAAUGCGGUUCAUAUGUACUGUAUCUAUUAGCUCUCUUAUUUUACUGGGCCAGUCUAUGGCGCUACAAUUAUGAGACGAAUAAAUCCUAUGAAAUCCAGCCG